AGCGGGAAAUUUAGUGAGAGUUGAAAUUUUGUUAAGUACACAACGGAAACGGAAAAAUUGAAAAAGAAACAAAUUACCAACGGCUAAAUGGAUUUGAAAGUGCUAACCCAAAACGCAAUUAAUAAUUUUUAAUGAUAUAACGACGAGGAAAAAUAAUUGGCCUGUGCAUGCUGUUACAUACGGUGUCGUCUUUCCAAGAAAUGAUGCAUAUUAAAUGUUAAAAGAAAUUUACGUCACGUCGCGUAAUUAUCCCCGGUGGUGGUGGUGGCAUGCGUCAAUCAAUCAAUACGUGGCCCAUGUGUAAUUGUUAUAAAAUAUUAAAAAAUAUACAACACUCUAACAAAGUUAAUUUUUGCAAAUUGAGGCAAAAUGCAGGCAAAUCGAUGCUAAGAUUAAAUAAUUGUGAAAAAUAUGCGCUAAAUGUAAAUGAAAAGUGAAUACCGAGAGUAAAUUCACCGAAAAUGGUUACGCGCGCCUCCAGUGUACCACAGUUGAACAAUAGCAGCGGUGGCAGUAGCAGCGGCAGUUAUAGAGGCUCCAAUGGAAGUCGUGGCAGAGUUUCUAAUGCCAAAACGCGUCGUUCCACAGGUGGUAAAUCAGUUACCCCCACGGGUAGGGAUCAUCAACAGCACCCUGCUGCCGCCUAUUUACCCCGUUCUCGCAGCCUUAUCAAUGGCAUGAGACGAGUCAGUCCGCAAAAGUCCACAGGCGGCAGUUCUAGCUCCAGAAAUACUCCGGUUUUCCUACGUUCGCGUGAAAAUGAAAUUGGCAGUGCGGACACUUCGGAAAUUGUGGCAUCGAAAUCUGCAGGAAGUGGCAGUGAACCUUCCACGCCAGAGGACAAUAUAAAUGUGGUGGUACGUGUGAGACCACUGAAUGAGAAGGAGAAGAGAGACAGACAUGGCUCUAUUCUGCAAUUCCCGGGAAACGGCCAAAUAAUUAUUGAAGCCAACAGUUCAGCCAAAAGUCGAAAUCGUGAAAAUGUUCGUGUAUUUACUUACAAUGUGGUCUUUGAGCCCGGAGCCACCCAAGACGAUAUUCUAGAUUACUCCGGUAUAAAACGAAUAAUUGAGAUGGGAAUCGAGGGUUUUAGUUGUACAGCAUUCUGUUAUGGCCAAACGGGUUCGGGUAAGACUCAUACCUUAACCGGACCACCAGACUUGUUUAUUGGAAAACCUAAUCAUAAAGAUCCGCGUCAUGGUCUCAUCUUCCGCUCGUUUGUGUACCUCUUCCAAUUGAUCAAAAACCGUAAGGAUAUAUCAUUCGUAUUAAAGGCCUCAUUUAUGGAAAUCUAUAAUGAACGGGUUAUUGAUUUAUUGAAUCCUGGCUCUCAGCGCAAGCCUUUAUCUGUACGAUGGUCAAAGAAAUCUGGUGGAUUUUUUGUUGAAAAUCUUUUUACGGUCGACUGUGAGGAAUUGGAUGAUCUACUAGCAGUGUUAGAGGAAGGAAUGCGAAAUCGCGCCGUCGGAUCUCAUGCCAUGAACGAUCAUUCCUCCAGAUCUCAUACAAUCCUUACGGUACACAUAGUAUCAGAGCAGCAAACAGAUGGCGGGGUAUUUCUCUCAAAACAGGGAAAAAUCAAUUUUGUGGAUUUGGCUGGUAGUGAGCUAACCAAGAAGACUCUUAGCGAGGGCAAAACACUGGAGGAGGCAAAUAACAUUAACAAAAGUUUAAUGGUUUUAGGUUAUUGCAUUGCCUCAUUGAGUGACAACAAAAAACGCUUUGGCCACAUACCCUAUAGAGACAGUCAACUGACCAAAUUAUUGGCCGAUAGUUUAGCCGGCAACGGAGUUACCCUAAUGAUUGCCUGUGUCUCGCCAGCCAAUUACAACUAUGCUGAAACUUUGAACACCCUGCGCUAUGCCUCCCGGGCCAAACGCAUUCGCACAAAACCAGUCAUAAUGAUGGAUCCCCGAGAGGCUUUGAUCCUCAGUCUGAAGAGAGAUGUAAACGCAUUGCAAAUGGAAAACGAACACCUCAAGGCAGCCCUACAUUAUCAUCACAAUACCAUUAAAGAGUCCAGCACUAAUGCAGAAGAUACAAAUAUGGUAGAAGUUCCCACAGAUCAGGGUGGACCCAUACCGAAAAUCAAUUUGGAACGUUUGCCCGAAUUGGAUGGCAGUGAAUUAGCUGAACUGGUCAAAUUAUAUAUGCAAGAGAAUGAGGCGUUACGUCAGGAGAACAAUCAUUUGUUUACAGUACGGGAGACCAUAUUAAGAGACCAGGAAAUUGUUUGUCGUGAGAAUGAGCGAUUGCUCAAAAAAUUGGAGGAUGUUAAUAAAGUUUGUGUUCGUUCUCCUUUGAUUCCGGCCAGGCCCGCUUUAUCAUCGGCAUCUGGGAGUGAGACAGCAGGAACGGAGAUAUGGACCAAUCCCCAAGAUUCUCAAGACGAAAGAGAUCCCUCCAAUCUGCAGGGUCGUAUUUCGGAGAACAAUGAAAAACGCUCAGAUGCUGAACAGCGUAAGAUAGAUCAGGACCGCAUUGCUCGAAAUAUUAUUGAAAUGGCCAACAAAUUUCCUCGAAGAAGCUUGGAGGAGAAUAACGACGACAGAGCCCCCAAGGCUCACAAACCUCCAGAUAUGAAUGUCGAAAUGAAUGGUCUUUUGCCAGACAUGCUAGCCUAAAAUCUUUUUAUCGGCAACAAUGUGGAUAAACUUUUCUGAAGGGUUUCAUAUAUUCGAACGUUCAAUUAUAUCUAUACUCUUAGUUUAGACCAAUAAGUGCUUGAAAAGUGUAACCUAAAUAAAAUUUAAGAAUAUCAUUCAUAAUCAUAGAUAAAUUAUAA